AAAAGAACGGAAGAAAAAAGGAGGAGCAAAAGAAAAUCAAACAAGAAGGUUUAUUCUAAGAGCCAAGGAAUUCUUCCUGGCAGAGUGAUGGUGAGGGGUGAUAGUUUAGGAUACAUGCACUAGGCAGCAGAAGAGUUUCUUUUUCGUCACCAGAUCCAAUAAACUAUAGCAAACAUAAGGAAAGGAGGGAUCCAGUUUCUCUCAUUCUUGGAAACUAGCAGUUUUAUUCCCCCCUCAACCUGUGUUCGUGUUGAUCGGGAUCUCGCUGUCUUCCAGCGUUCAGGAGAUGAAGGGAUAACCAGCAGCAGAAUGCCGGAAUUCAUUUGGAGAUCUGUGUUAAUCCUUCAGGCAAGCACUGCCAUAUACACUGCAGCACAAUUCACCCCUGCUAAGACGUAUGAAGAAUGGUGGGCAUAUAAAGAAGCAGUCCAGGGGAGCUUUGUGCCAGGUCCUGCAUUUUGGGGCCUGGUGAACUCCGCAUGGAAUUUAUGUACAAUCGGCAAGAGACAAUCUCCUAUCAAUAUUAACACCAGCCAAAUAAUCUUUGACCCAUUUUUGCCCCCACUCAGACUGAGCUUGGAAGAAAAGAAGAUCAGUGGAACAAUGCACAACACAGGAAGACAUGUGUCCUUCCGACUCGACAAGCAGCAUCAAGUUAAUAUUUCUGGCGGUCCUCUCUUAUAUAAUCAUCGACUUGAAGAGGUUAUGUUGCAUUUUGGCAGUGAGAACAGCAUUGGGUCAGAACAUCUCAUGAACAAAGAAGCUGCUGCUGGAGAGGUACAGCUGAUUCAUUAUAACCAGGAUUUGUACAGUAAUGUCAGCGAGGCAUCCCGCAACCCCAAUGGCCUGGCUAUAAUCUCUUUGUUCAUGAACGUGGCGGAUAACUCCAAUCCAUUUCUCAACAGGAUGUUGAACAGAGAAACCAUCACAAGGAUAUCUUUUAGAAAUGAAGCUAAUGUCAUCCAAGACCUCAGCAUUGAAGAGUUAUAUCCAGAGUCCUUUGGGUUUCUGACUUAUCAGGGGUCGAUGACCAUUCCUCCAUGUUAUGAGACAGUGACUUGGAUCAUAAUCGAUAGACCUUUAAAUAUAACCUCAAUGCAAAUGCACUCCCUUCGUCUUCUGAGUCAGAACCAACCAUCGCAGAUCUUUCAAAGUAUGAGUGACAACUUUCGCCCAGUGCAGCCACUUUUUCAUCGAGGUUUGAGAGGAAAUCUUGAUUUCAGCAAACCAGGAAGAAAAUGUAAAGGAGCAAACUAUAAACUUCAUGUGGACAUGGACAGUCUUUCGUCUUCCAAGAACUGACCAAUUUAGAUAACUUCUGCCCAUCUACAAAAAUUCCAAAACAACUUUUGUGUCACAAAGGAAAAAUUAAGGGGAGCAUUACUAUCUUAUUUUGUUUUCAACAGGAACUUUUUACAGCUUUAAAAAAAUAAAAAAAUUGAAAAAAUAAAUGCCAAAAGAGAAGCAGCCUCUAUACAGCAUGUACGGAAAAGGAUGAAUGAACUAUUUUCAAGAAGCUGAAGCUGAUAUCCAGCCUCUAAUCUCCAUUCAGCAUAGGACUUAAUAAAGUUGAAGAUAUCCUGCCUAUAAAUAAUUUUAAGAGGAAACAAUGUAAUUCCAAACACAAGUACUGAUAAAUUAUUCAACAUCUAGGAAAUGCACUGAAAUGAAUGCUUCCUGAAAAUGCUUGUGUGAAAGUACACACUGUGCAGAAUUGUACUGUUUUCUAAAAUGAACUUGCCUGUAAUAAUAUCCAGUCUGUGAUAUGACCAAAUGAAAAGCAUAUAGGAGAUCAGCAGGUGAGAAGAACAAUGUGGCAAAAAAGGAAAUUUACUCUUUAUAACUUUCUGAUGUUAUGAUGCUAAUAAUAAAAUGAAUUAACGUUCCCCAUUA